AUGAGUAUAGAGCCAGAUAUGGAGUGUUUUGGGCCGGCGUCCAUCUACCUCCGGAAACCGGAGAGAGAAAGGCUCGAGGCCCAGAACCUCCCCUUUGAUGCCAAAACAGCUUACUUUGUGUGCGAGCCCAAGGAAAUGUACGUCAAAGGUGUUCUCCAGGGCAAAGAAGGUGGCAAAGCUACUGUCAAAACUCUAUCAGGGACUAGCCUCACCGUGAAAGAGGAUGACAUCUUCCCCAUGAACCCUCCUAAGUUCGAUAAGAUUGAGGACAUGGCCAUGAUGACCCACCUCAAUGAGCCCACUGUGCUGUAUAACCUCAAAGAGCGCUAUGCAGCAUGGAUGAUCUAUACCUACUCUGGGCUGUUCUGCGUCACUGUGAACCCCUACAAGUGGCUCCCAGUGUAUGAUGCUGUGGUUGUGGAAGGAUACAGAGGCAAAAAGAGGAUUGAGGCGCCUCCCCACAUCUUCUCCAUCUCUGACAAUGCCUAUCAGUUCAUGCUCACAGAUAAAGAAAACCAGUCUAUCCUGAUCACUGGAGAAUCCGGUGCAGGGAAGACUGUCAACACAAAACGUGUCAUCCAGUACUUUGCGACAAUCGCAGUAGCUGGAGGAAAGAAAGCUGAAACCUCUGGCAAGAUGAAGGGCUCACUGGAGGAUCAAAUCAUCGCAGCCAAUCCACUGCUUGAGGCUUAUGGUAAUGCCAAGACUGUGAGGAAUGACAACUCUUCACGUUUUGGGAAAUUUAUCAGAAUUCACUUUGGAUCAACUGGAAAGUUGGCCUCAGCUGAUAUUGAAACAUAUCUGCUGGAGAAGUCCAGAGUGACCUUCCAGCUGUCUGCUGAGAGAAGCUACCACAUCUUCUAUCAGCUGAUGACCGGCCACAAGCCCGAGUUAAUAGAGGCUCUCCUGAUCACCACCAAUCCCUUUGACUACCCCAUGGUUAGUCAGGGUGAAAUUACAGUCAAGAGCAUCGAUGACAUUGAAGAAUUCAUGGCCACUGAUACUGCGAUCGACAUCCUGGGCUUCACUUCUGAUGAGAAGAUUAGCAUGUACAAGCUGACUGGAGCUGUGAUGCAUCACGGGAACAUGAAGUUCAAGCAAAAGCAGCGUGAGGAGCAGGCAGAGCCUGACGGCACUGAGGUGGCAGAUAAAAUCGCCUAUCUCCUGGGUCUAAACUCUGCAGACUUACUUAAAGCUCUAUGCUACCCCAGAGUGAAGGUUGGAAAUGAGUAUGUGACUAAAGGCCAAACUGUAACACAGGUCCACAAUGCAACUAUGGCUCUCUCAAAGUCUAUCUAUGAGAAAAUGUUCUUGUGGAUGGUCAUAAGAAUCAAUGAAAUGCUGGAUACAAAGCAAGCCCGAAGCUUUUUCAUUGGUGUCUUGGACAUUGCUGGUUUUGAAAUCUUUGAUUAUAACAGCUUGGAGCAGCUGUGUAUCAACUUCACAAAUGAAAAACUGCAACAGUUUUUCAACCACCACAUGUUUGUCCUGGAGCAAGAGGAGUACAAGAAGGAGGGAAUUGAGUGGGAGUUCAUAGACUUUGGUAUGGACUUGGCUGCCUGUAUUGAGUUAAUAGAAAAGCCCAUGGGUAUCUUCUCCAUUCUUGAAGAGGAGUGCAUGUUCCCCAAAGCGACAGACACUACCUUCAAGAACAAGCUGUUCGACCAGCACAUUGGUAAAACUGCAGCGUUCCAAAAGCCAAAACCUGUCAAAGGCAAACCUGAGGCUCAUUUCGCCCUGGUACACUAUGCUGGCACAGUGGACUACAACAUCACGGGCUGGCUUGACAAGAAUAAGGACCCCCUGAAUGACUCAGUUGUUCAGCUCUACCAGAAAUCCUCAGUCAAACUGCUGUCAUUUCUCUAUGCAUCACAUCCUGGGGCUGAAGGUGAAGGUGGUGGAAGGAAAGCCGGCAAGAGGAAGGGUGGCUCUUUUCAAACAGUUUCUGCACUGUUCAGGGAGAACUUGGGGAAGUUGAUGACCAACUUAAGGAGCACACAUCCUCACUUUGUACGUUGCUUGAUUCCAAAUGAAUCAAAGACUCCAGGUCUCAUGGAGAACCAUCUGGUCAUCCACCAGCUGAGGUGUAAUGGGGUAUUGGAAGGUAUCAGAAUUUGUAGGAAGGGUUUCCCCAGCAGAAUCCUCUAUGGUGACUUCAAGCAGAGAUACAAAGUAUUGAAUGCUAGUGUCAUUCCUGAGGGGCAAUUCAUUGACAACAAAAAGGCCUCAGAGAAACUCUUAGGCUCCAUUAAUGUCGACCACACUCAAUACAAGUUUGGACACACAAAGGUGUUCUUUAAAGCUGGACUGCUGGGUCUCUUGGAGGAGAUGAGGGAUGAGAAACUUGCCAUCCUAGUGACCAUGACUCAGGCUCUCUGUAGAGGUCAUCUCAUGAGGAGAGAGUUUGUCAAGAUGAUGGAGAGAAGAGAAGCCAUUUAUUCCAUUCAGUACAACAUCCGCUCAUUCAUGAAUGUCAAGACCUGGCCAUGGAUGAAGCUCUACUUCAAGAUUAAGCCUCUGCUAAAGAGUGCAGAGACCGAGAAGGAGAUGGCCCAGAUGAAGGAAGACUUUGAAAAAACAAAGGAGGAGCUGGCAAAGGCUUUGGCCAAGAAGAAAGAACUGGAGGAGAAGAUGGUGACACUCCUACAGGAAAAGAAUGACUUGCAGAUACAAGUUCAAGCUGAAGGUGAGAACUUGUCUGAUGCAGAGGAACGGUGUGAGGGGCUUAUUAAAAGUAAGAUCCAGCUCGAGGGGAAACUCAAAGAGACAACAGAGAGACUGGAGGAUGAAGAAGAAGUCAAUGCUGAGCUGACUGCCAAAAAGAGAAAGCUGGAGGAUGAAUGCUCUGAGCUGAAGAAAGACAUUGAUGACUUGGAGCUGACCCUAGCCAAAGUUGAAAAAGAAAAACAUGCCACUGAGAACAAGGUCAAAAACCUUGUCGAGGAAAUGGCAUCUCAAGAUGAGACUAUUGUCAAGCUGACUAAAGAGAAGAAAGCCCUCCAAGAGGCUCAACAGCAGACCCUCGAUGAUCUCCAGGCAGAGGAAGACAAAGUUAACACUCUGACCAAGGCCAAAACUAAGCUGGAGCAGCAAGUGGAUGAUCUGGAAGGUUCUUUGGAACAAGAGAGGAAGCUUCGAAUGGACCUUGAACGAUCCAAAAGAAAGCUUGAAGGAGAUCUUAAACUUGCCCAGGAAUCUAUAAUGGAUCUGGAAAAUGACAGGCAACAGGCUGAGGAGAAACUUAAAAAAAAAGACUUUGAAACAAGUCAGCUUCUUGGGAAGAUUGAAGAUGAGCAAUCACUUUCUACCCAGCUUCAGAAAAAGAUUAAAGAACUUCAGGCUCGAAUUGAGGAGUUAGAGGAAGAGAUUGAAGCUGAACGUGCUGCUCGGGCCAAAGUGGAGAAGCAGAGGUCUGAUCUCUCCAGGGAACUUGAGGAGAUCAGUGAGAGGCUUGAGGAGGCUGGUGGGGCAACCUCUGUUCAGAUCGAGAUGAACAAGAAGCGUGAAGCUGAGUUCCAGAAGAUGCGCCGUGAUCUUGAAGAGUCCACCCUGCAGCAUGAGGCCACGGCUGCAGCUCUCCGCAAGAAGCAUGCCGACAGCGUGGCAGAGCUGGGAGAACAAGUCGACAACCUUCAGCGUGUCAAACAGAAGUUGGAGAAAGAGAAGAGUGAAUUCAAGAUGGAGAUCGAUGACCUCACCAGCAACAUGGAAACUGUCUCAAAAUCUAAGAUCAAUCUGGAGAAAAUGUGCCGUACUCUUGAAGAUCAAUUAAGUGAACUCAAGAGCAAAAAUGAUGAGCAUAUGAGGCAACUGCAGGACGUAGGGAUGCAAAAAGCCAGACUGCAAACAGAAAAUGGUGAAAUGAGUCGUCAGCUGGAGGAAAGAGAAGCCCUUGUUUCCCAGCUUACAAGGGGCAAGCAGGCUUUCACCCAGCAGAUUGAGGAGCUGAAGAGGCACAUUGAAGAAGAGAUUAAAGCCAAGAAUGCCCUGGCCCAUGCUGUUCAGUCAUCUCGUCAUGACUGUGACCUUCUCAGAGAGCAAUACGAGGAGGAGCAGGAGGCCAAGAAUGAAUUGCAACGUGGAAUGUCCAAGGCCAACAGUGAAGUGGCUCAGUGGAGGAGCAAAUAUGAGACUGAUGCCAUUCAGCGGACUGAGGAGCUGGAGGAUGCAAAGAAAAAGCUUGCCCAGCGUCUCCAGGAUGCUGAGGAAUCCAUCGAGGCAGUGAAUGCAAAAUGUGCCUCUCUGGAAAAGACUAAACAGAGACUGAAUAAUGAGGUGGAGGAUCUGAUGAUUGAUGUGGAGAGAGCUAAUGCUCUGGCUGCUAACCUCGAUAAGAAGCAGAGGAACUUUGACAAGGUUCUUGCAGAGUGGAAGCAGAAGUAUGAGGAGAGCCAGGCUGAGCUAGAAGUAGCUCAGAAAGAGGCUCGUUCUCUCAGCACUGAGCUGUUCAAGAUGAAGAACUCAUAUGAAGAAGCUCUGGACCAUUUGGAAACCCUGAAAAGAGAAAACAAGAAUCUGCAACAGGAGAUCUCUGACCUGACUGAGCAGAUUGGUGAAAGUGGAAAAACCAUUCAUGAACUGGAAAAGGGGAAAAAGACUGUAGAGGCAGAAAAGUCCGAACUUCAGACUUCACUUGAGGAAGUCGAGGCUACACUGGAGCAUGAGGAAUCCAAGAUUCUCCGUAUUCACCUGGAGCUCACCCAGGUCAAAAGUGAAAUUGACCGAAAAAUUGCAGAGAAAGAUGAGGAGAUAGAGCAGAUCAAAAGGAACAGCCAGAGAGUGAUUGAGUCCAUGCAGACCACUUUGGAUAACGAGGUCAGGAGCCGGAAUGAUGCCAUAAGAAUCAAGAAGAAGAUGGAGGGAGACCUCAAUGAGAUGGAGAUUCAGCUGAGCCAUGCCAACCGCCAGGCUUCUGAGGCCCAGAAACAGCUGAGAAAUGUCCAGGGACAGCUUAAGGAUGCCCAACUGCACCUUGAUGAGGCCAUAAGAGGACAAGAAGACAUGAAAGAGCAAGUUGCCAUGGUGGAGCGCAGGAACAACUUGAUGCUGGCUGAGAUUGAGGAGUUGAGAGCUGCCCUUGAACAAACAGAGAGGGCUCGCAAAAUAGCUGAACAAGAGCUGAUUGAUGCCAGUGAGCGUGUUGGGUUGCUGCACUCUCAGAAUACCAGCCUUAUCAACACCAAGAAGAAGCUGGAGUCUGACCUUGUCCAGCUCCAAGGAGAGGUGGAAGAUACUGUGCAAGAAGCAAGAAAUGCUGAGGAGAAAGCCAAGAAGGCCAUCACUGAUGCUGCCAUGAUGGCUGAGGAGUUGAAGAAGGAGCAGGACACCAGUGCUCACCUGGAGAGGAUGAAGAAGAACCUGGAUAUCUCAGUCAAGGACCUGCAGCACCGUCUGGAUGAGGCAGAGAACCUGGCCAUGAAGGGUGGCAAGAAGCAACUCCAGAAACUGGAGGCUAGAGUUCGUGAAUUGGAGAGUGAAGUUGAUAAUGAACAGAGGCAUGCAGCUGAAGCCAUCAAGGGGGUCCGGAAAUAUGAGAGAAAAGUAAAGGAGCUCACCUAUCAGAAUGAGGAGGACAAGAAGAAUAUUCACAGACUUCAGGAUCUGGUGGACAAGCUACAGCUGAAAAUGAAGGCAUACAAGAGACAUUCUGAGGAGGCUGAAGAGCAGGCAAACACUCACCUGUCCAGGUACAGGAAGGUUCAGCAUGAGAUGGAGGAAGCUGAGGAACGUGCUGACAUUGCUGAGUCCCAGGUUAACAAGCUGAGGGCAAGGAGUCGUGAAAUUGGAAAGGGCAAGAACGAAGAGGAGUGAAUAGCAUAAAAGAGCCAGUAACAAGUAGUCAUAUAAUAUGAAUUUCUUGUUACAGCUUCUCUACAACAUGUCAAGCAUUUUGAAGUAAAUAAAAGUAUAUAAUUUACCACAACUUUGAG